GAGGCUGACCUCGAGGGGCGGGGGCGACGCGGCGCAGGCGGAGGCCGGCGGUCAGCUCCGCUCCAGCUCGGUUGCCAUGUCCCGCCAAGCGAAGGACGACUUCGUGCGGCACUACACGGUCUCCGAUCCCCGGACCCACCCCAAGGGCUACACCGAGUACAAAGUGACCGCGCAGUUCAUCUCAAAGAAGGACCCGGAGGAUGUCAAAGAGGUGGUGGUCUGGAGGCGCUACAGCGACUUCCGCAAGCUGCAUGGAGACCUAGCCUACACCCACCGCAACCUCUUCCGCCGCCUGGAGGAGUUCCCUGCCUUCCCCCGCGCCCAGGUGUUCGGCCGGUUUGAAGCCUCGGUGAUUGAGGAGCGGCGGAAGGGCGCUGAGGACUUGCUUCGCUUCACUGUGCACAUCCCUGCGCUCAACAACAGCCCCCAACUCAAGGAGUUCUUCCGGGGUGGGGAGGUGACACGGCCAUCCGAGGUGUCCAGGGACCUGCAUAUCCUGCCACCUCCUCUGAUCCCCACACCCCCACCUGAUGAGCCCUGGUUGCCCCAGCCGCUCCCUGCAGAGAGGAGAGGCCUGGAGGAGUUGGAGGUGCCAGGGGACCCCCCGCCAUCCAGCCCUGCCCAGGAGGCCCUGGGUCUCCUCUUUGACUGUGGGAGCACUGAGGAGGCGUCCAGUUCCCCUGCCCGAGGCCCCCUCACUGAGGCUGAGCUUGCCCUUUUCGACCCCUUCUCCAAGGAAGAAGGUGCAGGCCCCACUCCUACCCACAUAAGUGAGCUGGCAGCAAUGGAGGCAGAGACUGAAAGGCUGAACCAGGAACCUUGGGAGCCAGGAGGGCAGGAGGAGGAAGAGGAUGAGGAAGGAGGGCCUGCCCCUGCCUAUCUGAGCCAAGCCACAGAGCUCAUCACUCAGGCCCUGCGGGACGAGAAGGCAGGUGCCUACCCUGCAGCUCUGCAGGGCUACCGGGACGGCGUGCACAUCCUGCUGCAGGGAGUUCCGGGUGACCCAUCGCCUGCCCGCCGGGAGGGUGUGAAGAAGAAGGCAGCCGAGUACCUGAGGCGGGCAGAGGAAAUCCUGCACCUGCACCUGUCCCAAGUCCCACCCUGAGAGGGAGUGCCUCCCUCCCCAGGACUCCAGCUCCAGCACUGCCAGCCGCCCCCCUCUCCUUCCCCUGGUGCCUGGUCCUGUCUCCUGGUCUUGUAACUCCAGGGGCCAUUUCUGUAUGUAACUGGACCAAGAAUGAGAAAAAUAAUGAAUUCUCAGCUCCCUGA